AAACCUUGACUAUCAGCUAUCCGUCAGUGAAACCCAUAACAGCACCCCACAAGCAGCACUCCCCGGAAUCACAGACACGGGCCUGCCAAUCUACCAUGAAGCUGAACCUACUCUGUGAGAAGCUAACUGUCAUGGCCUGUGGGCUCUUAUUUCUCCUCAUCCAGAUAGAGGGCCAAGGCUCAGCCAGACCCAUCAGGACAACACACACAGGUCAGGUACGAGGCAGCCUCGUCCAUGUGAAGGGCACCGAUGUAGGGGUCCACACCUUCCUGGGAAUUCCCUUUGCCAAGCCACCUCUUGGAUCGCUGCGGUUUGCACCCCCAGAGCCUCCUGAACCAUGGGAUGAUGUAAGGGAUGGGACUUCUCACCCAGCCAUGUGUCUUCAGAAAGCUGACACAAUGAAUGGGCUGGUCAUGUCCCUGUUGAAUCUGACCCCACCUACAGUCUCCAUGUCUGAAGACUGCCUUUACCUCAGCAUCUACUCACCUGCCCAUGCUCAUGAAGGUUCUAACCUGCCUGUGAUGGUGUGGAUCCAUGGUGGUGCUCUGGUUGUAGGCAUGGCUUCUUUGUAUGAUGGAUCCAUGCUGGCAGCCAUUGAGAAUUUGGUAGUGGUCACUAUUCAGUAUCGCCUGGGGGUCCCGGGCUUCUUCAGCACUGGAGACCAGCAUGCCAGAGGCAACUGGGGCUUCUUAGACCAAGUGGCCGCCCUACGCUGGGUCCAGCAAAACAUCGCCCACUUUGGAGGCAACCCUGACCAGGUCACCAUUUUUGGCGAGUCAGCAGGUGGCACAAGUGUGUCCUCACAUGUUGUGUCUCCCAUGUCCCAAGGACUCUUCCGUGGAGCCAUCAUGGAGAGUGGGGUGGCCCUGCUGCCUGACCUUAUCUCUAACACUUCUGAGGUGAUCUACACAAUGGUGGCCAACCUGUCUGGAUGUGAGCAGGUAGACUCAGAGUCCCUGGUGAACUGCCUCCGGGGCAAGAGUGAAGAGGAAAUACUUGCUAUCAACAAGGCCUUCAGGAUUAUGCAUGGUGUUGUGGAUGGAGCCUUUCUGCCCAGACACCCACGGGAGUUACUGGCCUCUGUUGAUUUUCAACCUGUCACCAGCAUCAUUGGUGUCAACAAUGAUGAGUUUGGCUGGCUUCUGUCCACAGGAAUGAACAUCUCUGACACCAUGAAGGAUAGAAAGACCUUUCAGGCUCACCUGCGGAAUUUAUCGACACAGUUGAUGUUGCCUCCAGAGUUUGGGGACCUCUUGAUGGAGGAAUACAUGAGAGACACAAAGGAUCCCCAGACCCUCCAAGCUCAAUUCCUUGAGAUAAUGGCAGACAUCAUCUUCGUCAUACCUGCACUACAAACUGCACACUUUCAAAGUUCCCAUGCUCCUGUCUAUUUUUAUGAGUUCCAGCAUCGGCCCAGCUUCUUCAAGGAUGUCAAGCCACCCCACGUGAAAGCUGACCAUGGUGAUGAGAUCCCUUUUGUCUUUGGAUCUUUCUGUGGCAACAUGGUUGACCUCACUGAGGAAGAGCAGACGCUGAACAAAAUGAUAAUGAAGUACUGGGCCAAUUUUGCCCGAAAUGGGAACCCCAAUGGUGAUGGCCUGUUCUACUGGCCAGUGUUUGACCAAGAAGAGCAGUACCUGCGGCUGGACAUCCAGCCUGCCAAGGACCAUGCCCUGAAGGACAACAGAUUCCAGUUCUGGACCAAGAUCCUGCCCCAGAAGAUCCAGGAGCUUAAUGGUGUUAAAAACAAGCACACAGAGCUGUAAUGCCCUGUAUUGGGGACAGAACUGUCCUGAGUGCAAGUCAGACCAUCCCUGCAUGCUUACAUACCCUUUGAAGACAUGGGAUUUAGUCCAACUCUCAUAGCCACUCAUCUAUUUUCAUUUAUCCAUUCAGACACCAUUUAUAAAGAAGCCAAGGCAUGAUGUUCAUUGCCAAGCCUACCAGAAGUCUAGUUUUAUUAUACAUACAGUAAGUCCCUCAGGAAGGUGUAGAUGACUGAGCCACAGUGGUCACUACCUUCCUGUACCCUUCAUAGGACCACAGAGCAUAGGUCUCUUCCUUCUUCACUUCCUUAUGUCAUCUCUGUCCAUCUUAUCUUCUUUCUCCUCUAACUUCCCAGCCCCUCUCCCACAUUCAUUGUUAUGUUCAUUGAGAAGAAUUGGGUAACUGAGCCACAUUUCUGCUUCUCAACAAGUAAUCUUAUAUUCUAUAAAUAGAAGCCAGUAUAGAUGUUGGACUCUAGAAUCCCCAGGGUCUUGGUUCAAUAAAGUGACUAUAACAAAAAGUAUCACAGCUACAGAAGUUUAUUGCUGUCUGUUUAAGAAGAUGAAAGUCUUGGUCAAGGUAUCAUCUGAUUUGGCAUCUAGUGAGGACUUUCUUUCUGGUGUGUAGGUGGCUCUUUCUCACCAUGACCUUCCCACCACAAACCAGUAACCAAAUUCACAUACGCCUCCUCUGCAAGAGCCCUGUAUUACACCAUCUUCUGCUGCUUUUUCAAAGGAUCUAAACCUGCUACUACUUAAAAAAAUACCUAUUUCUUCCAGACUUGGUGUUACAGGUAGUUGUAAGCCAUGUGAUAUAGGCACUGGAAACUGAACUCAAAGUCCUCUGGAAAAACAGCAACUGUUUUUAAAAACUGAGCCAUCUCUCCAAACCUAGAUCAAUAUUUGAGAUAGAAAAAAAAUCUUAGUAUUUGGAGGCUGGAGAGAUGGCUCAGUAGUUAAGAGUACUUGCUCCAAUGACACUGUCAGCAGAACAAAACAACAGUCUGCCGAUUGGAAAAAGAUCUUCACCAACCCUACAUUCGAUAGAGGACUAAUAUACAGAAUAUAUAAAGAACUCAAGAAAUUAGACACCAACAAACCAAAUAAUCCAAUUUAAAAAAUGGAAUGGAGAGCUAAGCAGAGAAUUCUCAACAGAGGAAUAUAGAAUUGCAGAGAAACACUUAAAGAAAUGUUAAACAUCCCUAGUCAUUAGGGAAAUACAAAUCAAAACAACUCUGAGAUUCCAUCUUACAUCUAUCAGAAUAGCUUCCAUCAAAAACUCAAGUGACAAUAUAUGCUGGAAAGGAUGUAAAGAAAAGAGAACCCUCCUCCAUUGCUGAUGGGAGUGCAAAUUUAUAAAACUACUUUAGAAAUCAGUCUGGCACUUUCUCAGAAAAUUGAGAACAGCACUACCUCAAGAUCCAGCUAUACCACUCCUGGGUAUACCAGGAUCCAGCUAUACCACUCCGAAAGAUGCUGAAGUAUACAACAAGGACAUUUGCUCAACCAUGUUCAUAGCAGCUUUAUUUGUAAUAGCCAGAACCUGGAAAUACCUGGAUGUCCCUCAACGGAGGAAUGAAUACAGAAAUUGAUGUAUAUCUACACAAUGGAAUACUACUCAGCUAUUAAAAAACAAGGAAAUCAUAAAAUUUGCAGGCAAAUGGAUAGAACUAGAAGAGAUCAUCUUGACUGAGGUAACCCAGAAACAGAAAGACAGGCAUGGCAUACACUCACUAAGAAGCCUAUGUUAGUCUUAUAAUAUAGGACAGCCAUCUACAGACCUAAAGAAGCUAAACACUAAGGAGGGCACUCAGGAGGCUGCUUAAACCUCAUUUAGAAUAGCAAACAGGAUAGAUACCAGAAGUGGUGGAAAAGAGGAAGCAGGAUGGGAGUCUACUAUAGAGGGUCCUCUUGUCACACCUAUGCCAGUGUUGCUAUAGCAGCAUAUGCUACAGGGCAGGGGAUACGCUUUCUUCGGAAAUUCGCCCCCUGGAAGGUCCCUGGCAGACUCACCCCACUUGGAAAAGAGAUGUGUUCUGAGAUUUCUAUGCUUUUUCAGUUGUGGUUCUGGGGCUGGAAUAAUGAAUUCUUUGAUCUUUCUCUGUGACUCCUGAAACAGCACAACUAUUUUUAUGAAGAAAUUUAUUAUUAAUAGAUUGUUAAAGGCUUUAAUAAAAAUAAUAAGUUUAAGAAAAGUAAUGAAUUAGAUUUAGUAUUAAUAGGCAUUAAGAAUAGUGAAAAAAUAAUAGGCUCCUUCUUAAGAAAUAAUAGCAUGAGAGGUGCAGCUGGUGGGAGUUUCCCCUCCCUUCAGUGCCUUGUUUCUAAGGAAAAUUAUAAAUCUUGGUCAGGACAUAUGGGAGGAUGGUUAACAAAGGUGUAAUUAGAUUUUGAUAUAGAGAGGGACUUUGGCAGGCAUCUGACUUAGCUCCUGACUUUCCUCUUCACUGGUUAGCAAUAAUGAAACCAUAUUUGAGGUUUCUUUUUCUUUGUUUGCUCUGAUCAAAAAGUUUUUAGGCCAAGAUUUCUUGUGGGCACUGAUUUAUGUUUGACUGCAUUUUGAGUUAAAAUGUAAACUUUGUAUUCUUGGUAAAAGUCUGAAUGUUCUGGGAAGUAUGCCAAUUUUAAGGUGCCUUUUGUAUAAAAAUACUAGCUUGAUUUCAGUAAAGUUGCAGCAGAGUCAAAACCAUCAA